AUGGUCAGUAUUAAUUUUGAUUCUUGGUUAAAUCCGGGAGAUCCAGAUACUUCCAUACUUGAGCAAUUAUGUGAAGAUAUUUCAUUGAAACUUAAACAUGGUAAAGAAUCAAUCAUUAGAUUUGGCAAUCAAAAUAGUCAAUUUGAUGAACAAAGUGGAUUUUUUAAUGAAUUAAUUAGAAGAAGAGGUAUCGAAUCUUUGGGAAUAAAAAAUUACGCCAGAGAUGUUGAGACUUAUAUUGAUUUACUUACCGAAGAAAAAAUUAAUGUGGAUGAUAUUAAGAAAACAUUAAAAAUUUUAUUAAAUGAUGCGGAAAAAAAUAAAAUUAAUGCGGAAAAAUUGAGAGAUGAUUUCGUGACAUUUAAAGAUGAUUUCUUUCAAAUUAAGUUUAAUAAUGUAGAGCCUGUGAAACGUAGUCGUGACAAUAAUUUAUUCAAAAUAUUGAAAUCAAUCUUUCAAGCAUUUACUAUUUUCUCGGUGUUUUUAUUAUCUAUUUUUUAUCUAGUCUAUACUUAUUAUUAUAAAUGGUUUAUGAUAGGAUUGAUUCUAUCAAUAUUUUUGUUUUUUGUUCCUUGUGUUAUUGAGACGAAAUUAGAGAAAAAUCAUGAUAAUUAUUUGAAUCUUGAAGAAAACGAAGCAACAAAAUUUUUACAACAUAUUGAAGGAAUUAAAAACAAAUUACCAGCGAUUUCUGAUAAUUUAAAUAUUUUAGUUCAAUUUUGGAAUCAACAAAUUUAUGCUGACGAACAACAUAUUAGAUCUUUGGAAUCUUUAAAUGCUAAUGAAGAAGUUAAAUUACCACAUGAAUUAGGAAAAAAAGUUAAAGAUAUUUGGAAAGAAAUUGGUGAUAAAAACAUCAAUAAUCAUCGUAAUUUGAAUUCUAUUAUAACUAGGAAUUCCAUGCUUGGGUAA